AUGUGUAUACAUGAAUUGACAGUGAGACCAAAAGAAAAAAAAAGAUCUCUUUCCACCUCUCUCUUUUGCCAUCUCUCAUUCUUUUCAUCUCUCUCUUACCAAUUCUCUCUCUUUCCACCUCUCUCUCUUUCCACCUCUCAUUCUUUUCAUCUCUCUCUUACCAAUUCUCUCUCUUUCCACCUCUCUCUCUUUCCACCUCUCUCUCUUUCCACCUCUCAUUCUUUUCAUCUCUCUUACCAAUUCUCUCUCUUUCACCUCUCUCUCUUCCCACCUCUCUCUCUUUUCCACCUCUCUCUCUUUCCACCUCUCAUUCUUUUCAUCUCUCUCUUACAAUUCUCUCUCUUUCCACCUCUCUCUCUUUCUACCUCUCAUUCUUUCCACCUCUCUCUUACCAAUUCUCUCUCUUACCAAUUCUCUCUCUUUCCACCUCUCAUUCUUUUCAUCUCUCUCUUACCAAUUCUCUCUCUUUCCACCUCUCUCUCUUUCCACCUCUCUCUCUUUCCACCUCUCAUUCUUUUCAUCUCUCUCUUACCAAUUCUCUCUCUUUCCACCUCUCUCUUUCCACCUCUUCUCUUUUCCCCCUCUCAUUCUUUCCACCUCUCUCUUACCAAUUCUCUCUUACCAAUUCUCAAAAACAUCUCUCAUUCUUUUUCAUCUCUCUUUCCUCUUCUCUCUUUCCACCUCUCUCUCUUUCCACCUCUCUCUCUUUCCACCUCUCUCUCUUUCCACCUCUCAUUCUUUUCAUCUCUCUCUUACCAAUUCUCUCUUUCCACCUCUCUCUCUCUUUCUACCUCUCAUUCUUUCCACCUCUCUCUUACCAAUUCUCUCUUUUUCCACCUCUCAUUCUUUUCAUCUCUCUCUUACCAAUUCUCUCUCUUUCCACCUCUCUCUUUUUCCACCUCUCAUUCUUUUCAUCUCUCUCUUACCACUUCUCUCUCUUUCCACCUCUCUCUUUCCACCUUUCCCGCUUUCCACCCCUCUGUUAUUGCGUGUAUUCUUAUUUAUAUUUCAGUUUUCUUCAAACAAACAAUAUUUUAA